AUGGCAGCCCUGUCCACGACAGAACUUUCUUUUUCUUGCUCCUCCAACCCAUGGACUGGCUUAUCUGGAAAACCAGCCCAACCUCUCUCUCCCUUCUCGUUCCUCACCACCCCCCACUCUCCAGACCGAGGUAUCAUCAUGACCUUUGGCAGCGGCAGUAACGGGUGCCUAGGCCAUGGCAGCCUCAAUGACAUCAGCCAGCCCACCAUUGUGGAGGCGCUGCUGGGCUAUGAGAUGGUGCAGGUGGCCUGUGGGGCCUCUCACGUGCUGGCCCUGUCCACAGAGCGAGAACUAUUUGCGUGGGGCCGCGGAGAUGGUGGCCGGCUAGGACUGGGCACCAGGGAGUCCCACAGCUGUCCCCAGCAGGUAUCCAUACCCCCAGGACAGGAAGCCCAGCGGGUUGUAUGUGGCAUUGACUCCUCCAUGAUCCUCACCGUGCCUGGCCGAGCCCUGGCUUGUGGGAGUAACAGGUUCAACAAACUGGGCCUGGACCACUGCUCCCUGGGGGAGGAGCCUGCCCCCGACCAGCAGGUAGAGGAGGCCCUGAGCUUCGCACCACUAGGUUCCGCACCCCUGGACCAGGAGCCCCUGCUGAGCGUGGACCUGGGCACUGCUCAUUCAGCUGCCGUCACUGCCUCUGGUGACUGCUACACUUUUGGCAGCAAUCAGCAUGGGCAGUUGGGCACCAAUGCCCGCCGGGUCAGCCGGGCACCUUGUCAAGUCCGAGGCCUGCAGAACAUCAAGACGGCGAUGGUGGCCUGUGGGGAUGCCUUCACUGUAGCCAUUGGGGCAGAAGGCGAAGUGUACUCUUGGGGCAAAGGGGCCCGAGGUCGACUGGGAAGAAGGGAUGAGGAUGCUGGACUCCCUCGGCCAGUGCAGCUGGAUGAGACGCACCCUUACACAGUGACUUCUGUGUCCUGUUGCCAUGGAAACACUCUGCUGGCCGUUCGCCCGGUUACGGAUGAGCCAAUCCCACCCUGAGGCACCUAGAUACACCUCUGGACCUGGACCACCCUGCUG